GACCACAGAGACAACAAACAGUUUUACUGUACAUUACAUGAGAAUGUAUGCAGCUGCAUGAUUAAAGCAUUCAGUAACAAGUUGUGCUGCUUAGACAACAUCCACAAAGUUUGAGAUCUGUCAAAAGAAUGUGAACUGUAUUUUCCAAUCUACAAACAAUCUUAUCGAAUAAAGACACAUGUACGAAAGCAUGGAUCUAUCUCCACCGACACAAGGAGAACAAAAGAAUGAACAGCCACAACAAGUGAGCAGUCACAGUCCGUCAGCUCAACACACUAGUUGGCCACCAACUGUUUACGGCCCACACUCCUCUCACACUAGAACAGAACAAUGUAUCACUGUUUCAGAUACCACUCAGAUGACUACUAGCACUCAUUCACAGUCAAGUGAUCAUUUCCAAUCGUCCAUUAGCGCUAACACUGAACAAAUAGAGGCUAGUCCUCAAGAUUAUGACUGUCUGGGUACUCCACCAGCUAAAAGGGUGUGUUUCGAUAGCCCUCAACAGCUUAAUUCUAUAGCUACAAGUACACGUCCGUUGUCUACGGGAACUAGAAGAAAAAAGUACGAAACUAGUUCAUCAGAUACUCCACUUGACAUAAGGGUUCACCUUGAUAUCCCUCAACAGUUGGCAGAUAGCUCACGUCAGUACGAGAGUGAUGAUAGUGAUACAUGUAUACAGCAGUAUGAAAGUGACAACUCACUACAAUCUGACGAUGAAUAUUAUGAGACUGAUGAUGACACAAGCCAACAACAUUCUACAGCAAGUUCAAGUCAAACAACACCGGCUGGUAGUCAAUACUUAGACUUCAACGAAAUGUACACUGAACUUUAUGAAGUCAGUCCAAAAUGGUACAACCUAGGCCUAGCACUGGGCCUUGAUAAGAGUACCCUCAAUAUCAUUAAACACAAUAAUAAAGAUGAAUGUGGAACCUGCUUAAGGGAAGCCCUAGAACAACGAUACGAUCAAAACACAAAGUUAACGUGGGCAGAAAUAGACAAAGCUUUAAGAAAACCUACUGUUCAAAUGAUCACAUUGGCUGAUAAAAUACAAGAAAAGAUAUACACAAAAAGCCUAUCAACAAGUAGCUCACAGCCUAGCAGUGACCCCACUCCAGAAUGUGUUGUGAGGUACACCAGCUUCCUCAAAGACAGGUACAAACAGAUGUCACCUUUUCCAGACGAUUGGCCACCACCAUUGAAAGAGAAGUUUACAAAACUAGCUCUAAUAGAGAGAAAGAAACAGAUUCGCUUAACUCAAGCUAAACAUCAACCAUCAAUCCAGUAUGAUUACGCUACUGGUAAUGUGGACAAUAUUAUUGAGAGAAAGAAAGCGAUUACGCUAGAACAGGUCUUCGAGCCUUUAAGUGGCGAUCCUGAAACAGCUGCACCAAACAGGUACACUGUUGUAAUGGACGGAGCCCCAGGAGUAGGCAAAACCACACUCAGCAGGAAGAUAUGCAUUGAUUGGGCACAAGGGAAGCUCAUCAAGGACCACCACAUUGUUAUCCUCAAACCACUAAGGGAACUAAGAGGUCACACAGCUGCCUCACUCUCUGACCUAAUAAACGCUGACGACCCUGAACUAAAGGAGCAAAUCGUGAAGUACAUACAAAAGACGUCAGGUUCCGGAGUCAUGUUCAUCUUUGAUGGUUUUGACGAGCUGAGCAGUAAGCAACGAUCUGAUAAGAGGACUAUUUUUUGGGAAAUCAUUCGAGGGAAUCGCCUACACAACUGUUCUGUGCUGGUUACAUCACGCUCAUACACCUCAGGCCCACUACAAGAAAUCAACCGUGUCAAUCGACACGUUGAAGUAUUAGGAUUCAAGAAAAAGGAUAUUGAACAUUGUAUUAAGCAAAACGUUACAGAUAAGGAAAAGGCAAAGAAGCUAAUACAGAUGCUGAAAGAGAGGUUGGAUAUUGUCUCCCUAUGCUAUAUCCCUCUAAACUGCAGGAUUGUACUGUAUGUCUACCAGCAACAAGAUACCUUACCCGACACACUCACACAACUCUAUGAGGUAUUCAUUCUGUACACACUCAAACACUACAAGAACAAAAUAUUUCAAGAACGAGAGCAUGAAAUUGACAAUGAAGAGAUAGAACAUGCUAAUACUAUAAAGAAAUUACCAACUCAAGUUAUCAAAUGUCUAGACUGCCUGUCAGAAACUGCAUUCACAGGAAUGACUCAAGACAAACUGAUCUUUGAACGUACAGAAGUUACCAAAGAAAGAGAUGCUUUGUCACUGGGACUGCUAAACUUAAUAAAGUGUACGGGAGUAUUGGAGGCUCAUUAUUAUCAGUUCCUUCAUUUAACCAUUCAAGAGUUUCUAGCAGCCAGAUAUCUCGCACUAACAAAGAGCAACAAAGACAAACUAGAGUUUAUUACAUCCAAAAUUGGUGAUGAUAGAUUUAGAAUGACUUUACUCUUUCUCUCUGGAUUGACUCAACUUAAUUUUCUUCCCAUUGAACAAGCCUUCCCAGCUCCGAAAUCAAUAGACACUCGUGUGGAACAUAGAUACAAAAAUAAAACAAAAUCUUUGCGAACAGAAGAAAAAUAUCGUUUUUUGUUCCUAGCCCAUCUUCAAUAUGAAAGCCGACAAACAACACAAAACUGGCUCUUGCCCUGUCUGGUGACCAAUUCACUCAACUUGUCAGAGCAUAGCCUCUCUCAGUUCGACUGCCUUGUCUUGGCCAACUUUCUCGCCCUAACUCCCAAAGAUCACGUGUGGGAUGAGAUAAACUUGUCCCAGUGCAGUCUCACUAAUGACCGCUUCAUGACAAUAAUUACAAAGAAACAUUCACAAAGAGACAUUCCAGUAUUGUGCUUAACUAAACAAUUAGAUGUCACUUCUAACAAAAUCAAUGCUGAGGAUUUACAUGUAUUGAUGCCACUAUUAUCAGAAGAGUCGAAGGUGGACAGCAUUAGUAUCCCACACCACGAAUCAUGCACUCAGUCAGGAGGUGCGAGGAAAUUAAUAAAUUUACAUUUUUGUCAACACUCUACAGACAAUCAAACAGUGCUAUCAAGUAGAGAGAUGAUCGUUCCCACAGAAUCAAAAAUUUGCUCAGGAAUUCUUACACAAUUUUUAAAGUUUAUUCGACCUGAAUUUUUGACACUACUAUCACUGGCUGGCCCAAAAGCUUUUGAAGAUUGCCCGGAUUGUUCUGGCUCUGGAAAUGAGGCUUGGGAAAGUGUUUGCAAUGUCAUCAAAAAUAUACAACACCUUCAAAUUCACAAGAGCCAGUUCCAUUUAAACGAUAUUACAACACUAAUGGCAGCUUUGCAAAACAAGAGAAACCUGCGUACCUUGCGUUUACAUGGAAACACAAUAAGCCACGAGGGUCUAAUACACUUACGAAAUAACUUGCCAGUGAAUGUACGUGCUCACAUUUCAACAUCUGAUAAGGUUAAAUUGGCAAUGUCAGUACACAAAGACAAACUAGUUCAUGUUGAUAUUGAGUCACCUGACGAGUACAUACAAGAUGUUGACUCAGAGGAUCUAUUUAUGCCCUUUAUGCCAUUGCUAGAAGAAGAUCUGCCAUCGGAACUACAUAGAGUAACUGUUACCACUAAAUCAUUCGUGCCCAAGGCUCUACUCAGGUCAAUAGGAAAUAGCAAAACGGUAAUUAGUUUAAUACUAGCCGAACUUUCUAAUGAGGAGUUCACAGAAUAUGCUGGGGAAUUACGAGAUAUGCUUAAAAAAACCGAUAGUUUGCAAACACUGAAACUGGACUCGUGUAAACUGAAUGACACGUCUAUCAAACAAUUGGAGGAUGGACUCUUACUCAAUCCAACUGUGGCACUCAAGUUAAAAUACUCUAGUUGGGGAGACAGCAGCUGGCGCAAUGCACUACUUACAGUGAGGUCUCGAAACCUUUGUGAGCUAAAUUUAGGAUUUACUUUGAAUGAAGAAAAUGUGAGACAACUUUCAGAGAUAGUCACAACAUGCAAGCAGCUACAAGUCUUGGAAGUAAGAUUAAGCGGUAAUUCAAAAAUUUUCUUCCAUGCUCUAUCAGAUAAUCAAAGCCUGAGAGAACUCAGUAUCGAGACUACUGGCAAGAUGGCAAUAUUGUUGUUUCAAACACUCCCAUCAACUUCUAUCACCACUUUAGACUUAUCAAUGCCUUUCGGCAGUGUUGGACUUGGAAAUGAAGGAUCUUUAGCCUUUAAAGAGUUCAUUCUUGGAAGUAAAGUGCUAACUGUUUUGAGAGUUUACAUGUGUGGUUUAACAGAUGCAGCAUUCAACGGAAUAACUUUUACAAAGGACUCUCCUUUGAGAGAACUUAUUCUCAACAAUAAUUAUAAAUUGGAGAAUGGUUGGACAGAACUUUUCAAUGGUCUUUGUUCAUCAUGCAUCACCACACUAGACGUGAGGUAUAAUAACUUGAAUGGAGAGGAGUGUUGCACAGCUUUGAAAUGUCUACUCAUCAACAACAAAACACUGACUGUUCUAAAAAUAGGUCGUUGGAGGGAGACAAAUCAUGACAUGGUUUGUUGUGUUGCUGACGCUCUGUCACAAAAUUGCUCAUUGAUGGAACUAACAAUCAGCACCAAAUUAACCACUGCGGGAUGGACAAAACUAUUUGAAAGCUUACAUGAAAACACAAUGUUAAACACGCUAGACUGUAGUGGUUAUUUACAAGUUGCUGGAUUACAAGUAUGGUACCAAAACAAUGAAGUCGCUAAAUCUUUGUGUGAAAUGCUAAUACACAAUCAAAACCUUCAAAAUCUAAGUAUUGACGAUGAAUUUAUUGAGGGUCAUUUAAAAGAGUUUGCAAUGGCAUACAUUCAGAGAAAGCCUGUCCUAAAUUUAACUGUUAGAUAUUUGGAAGAUAAGUUAGUGAAAGAGAUCGAGGGACUUGAAACAGAUACUGAUAAGGAGUACAACAUUAGAAACAGAUACUAACCACCACUGUAGAUUUAGAGACUGUUAUAAUAUAAUGCCUCGGGCAUACUUUGUUUUGCUCAGAGUAUUAAUUAAGUGUUAUGGAAAACGUUCGGUAGAAAUGUACAAAUCAUAUUA